AUGUACAGCGACCCUGCACACGGAGAGUUCGAGAUUCCGGAGAGGCUUGCGCUGACCCUCCACUGUCCGCAGCCAGCCGAUCCUGUCUAUGAUUCCGAUGUGGAUAUCGGGGAGAACAAGAUCGCGGUGCUGGAGGAAUGUGCAGACAGGGGUGACGGCGAGCAGGUGGGACUAGUGGUGAGCGGCUGCUUUUCGCUCCACAGCGCGGAGGGCGACGCGGGUAGUGACGGGGGACAUGAGGAUGACGGGGCCCUGGAGCAGCACCCCCAGGACGGCGGACAGGAGGCGGCCAAGGACAGAUCCGGCUCCGGUGACCAGGAGGAAUCCGACAGUGGAAAGCGGGUAGUUAGAGUGCGGAAGAGGCGUAACCAGAGCGGCAAAAAGACGUACAAGUGUAGGGAAUGCGGGAAGCGUUAUAGCUACAAAGAUAGCCUUGAUUACCACGUCAAGACCCACACAGGCGAGAAACCUUUUGAAUGUGACGUUUGUAACAAACGUUUUAUCAUGAAAGCCAGUCUUGCUCUCCACGUCAGGACCCACACCGGCGAGAAACCAUAUGAAUGCGACGAUUGUAACAUGCGUUUCAGCAGGAAGGACCACCUUAGUUACCAUAUUAGGACUCACACAGGCGAGAAACCAUAUGGCUGUAACAUUUGUAAACAUUGCUUUAGUAACAAAUCAAAUCUCCUUCGUCACAAGAAAACACACCGUAAUGCUGCGGACCUCUGAAUAUGUGAUUAACUAUUAGUAGCCAUAGAUAAAACUGACUUUUGCUUAGGCAGGGUAUUUGUUGUAUGGUUGAAAGUUUCACGUAUGGUUAAUGUAGGCUGAAGGCCGAUGAAAAACUGACGACUCGACUGCCUCGUCUGUCAUGUUGAUUUUGUAUUGAGUUCCUUUAUUUAAUUUACUGGUAAUUAAGCGAAUAAAAAUAAAGCAUUGCACCUAUCACUAUUCUUCCUUGCUAAAUACAUGC